GUUCCCGGCGGUGCCCUUCCAUCUGGGUCUCGUUAGCGAGCUCGAGAUUCAGUCCGCAUGCUUCGACUCCUGAAGAAAACCCACCGUCGACCCCCGGCCUCAGUGGCUGAACCCCCCACCCUAGCUCAGACGCCUUGCGCGGGCUCUUCCCCGACAUGGACGCAGGGGAAUACGAGACAAACACUUUGUUGAUUAGCAAUCUCUCUGCCAUAUCCUUUCGCAUCUAUGAACCCAUCGCCUCGCAGUCUUCGACUUACACGUUCAACGCUUCCGAUGUCGAGGACGCCCUGCGCAGUAAUGGCCACCUCGUCUAUAUGGAUGCUGUCCGGCACGGCAUAUGGUGCUUCUAUCUCUCGUCCAGCGACCCCGCCCAUACCAGUCAUCCCGAGCUGCUCGGCCUUCACCCAAGAAUGGAGGUCUGUGGCUACCCUUUGGGCCUUGUUGGAGAUGGGAACUUGGAACCCAUCGGGCUCCUCAAGAACAGGCCGCUGGGCACGAACACCAUCAAUACUCCGAGCAGCUCCUCCUCCACCGGCUCCGCCCUGGAUAUGAGCGCGAGAAGCGCCCAACCCUUCAGCUUUCCUCCUACCCCGGUCGUCGUGGACGGCAAGGUUGCAUCAACACCAGUUGGCGAUGUCAAAGGGUACGGGUCGGUUCCUGCACGCGAGAUACACGAAUUCUUCAUCACGGCCGUCUUGUCGUCUUUAACGACAUACUUUUGCCGUGCUAUCGGUGCCAUCUUGCUGAAUCAUCGCUGCGUCCUGUUACCCUCCCAUGCGUUCAACUGCGGUGAUGCCGAGUGGGCAGCGCGGAGAACAGCCCUCGCUACGUUCCGCACCUACCUGACAACAACAGGGUCGCUUGUGAUAUCUCUUCACGUGUCGGUACUACAGGGCCUGGUGUCCUCCGCGGACGUCUUGCGAUCGAGCCUGCUGCAUGCCAGUCCGACUGUUCUUGCUGCGCCGUUCGGAACAUUUGGCGCUUUGCAGGGAGUGGUGGAUACAGAGAUGCAAGUGGGCGACAGCGGGCUCGGCCAGUCUCCUGAUACCCAGGUCAGCCGACUGAGGUCGGAUCACAGCGACAGGUUUCAACAAUGGAAAACGACUUGCUGCAAGUUGCUUCAGAUACGCGGUAUGUCGCCGUCGUUGCUGGACAAUUGUUCUUGGCUGAACAUACACUUCCAAAGAAAGCCAUACGAGCAGAGGGUAGACGGGCGGAAAGCUCCUGCGGCGAGCUCGGGUCCGAUCGCUCCAUGGCCGGCUGUUCUCUGUUUUCGCAAACCGAAGCUGGAAUCCAUGGCGGACACGUCAGUAGAGAAGGCGUUGUCGGGAUCGGGCGCCGAGAACGUGGACCCCCUGAUCAGGGCGAAGUGGUGGUGUAAAGGUGCCUCAGAGAGGGAAGAUGCAGUUGCGCGGAGGAAAAAGGAAAGAGAUGUGGCGCUAGCUGACGAGCAUGUGGACGCGGAAGCCAGAACCCAUCCUCAAACCAGUGGAUAUUCGCCCAUGGGUCUCUGGCGCUCCGGCAACGGCGGGCCACCGCUCCCAACAGGAGCAAUGUAUCUGACUCCUCCUGAAGGAGCGCAACCGCCAGGGAGUAUACCAUCAUUUGACGGUGGACGUAUAGGGACCGCCACCGGACCGCCCGUCGCGAAUGCGCCCAGCGGUACUGCCCCGUUAGCAACGCAGCAGAAUGCGCCAGCUCCUGAUGGCUUCACCGUUGGAUGGGACGGAGUGGAACCCAGGCCAGAGCAGCCGGCAACCAACUUCUCUGAAAACUUAUUUGGUGACUUGGGAGAGAAUCUGUUUGAAGGGAACGAGCUCACCGAUGCUGACUUCAACUUCUUCGAUGAGCAACCGACUACCGUCGAGAUGGACCUUUCGGAGCUUCCGGAGGUUGCGACCUCAACAAUGGCAGUUCAGGAGAACAUGGGCCAACAACCCUUUGAGGGGCUCUCUCAGACCGGCUUUGGCAACGACGAAAGCAAGAGAGACGUCCGUCCAGGCUCGCCUCAGUUCAUGAAACCCGAGUUGAGGCAUGCCCGCAGCACGCUGGCUGAGGAGAGUCGGCAACGAACUAAUAUGGAAAGCUUUAAUCUUAAUUCUACGAUUGGGACGAAGAGGAAUCCCAGUCCAUCGAACCAUGAAAGCCUCUUCAAGCGAAUCCGCGCCUCGAGGCGCUCACCGCAUCCAUCGCCGGCCACCCAGCGAGGUUCACACCGACGACGGAGCCUCUUUGAAAAGGUGGACUUCGACCCAGACUUAGUCCUUGUCGGGAGGAAAUAUGGAGAAAAGGGACAGUUUGACUACGGGUCAGCCUUAAAAGACAACCAGACGCGAGCACUUCAAACCGGCGGGCCUUUGACUAUGGGUCGAUUAUUGGGCUCUGCGAGGCAACGCAGAAAUCUCAAAGAGUUGCCAUCCGACAUUGGAUCGAUUUUGACCAAGUUGGUUGGUGGUGAUGCCAACAGCCCGAGGCAACGGGAUGACACUGGCUCGGAAUCGGACGACAGCACUGGGGCUUCAGACGAAGACGAGGCCAGUGACCGCGUGGGCCGUGCUUUUUCGCCAGCCAAGUCGAGUGCGAUCCGAAGGCGGCUGGAUGACGACGUGAUCUCCAUGGCUGCGUCUUUCAGGGAGCUGGACAACAUAUCGGCCGACUCGCCUGGCUAUGGCCCACUUGACCUGUCACGGUUGUCCAACUCCGAAAUACCGGAGUUUUCACUCUCAAAAUAUUUUGCCGACCCAGAGCCGGUGCCGAUCCGCAUAUCCGUCUCGGAUGAUGACUUCAUCACGGUUGCGCAGAUCCUUACCGAACAAGCGGCAAGCGGUUUUCUCAAGGUGGUUCCGCGGCGGCAGACAUCGGAAAUACAGGAUGUGCGCCGAAGCUUGGUCAAGGCCAUCCGGUACUCAAUCAGAAGCCUACAGAAGGCUCUACCACGGUCACUGGCCGGAGCCGUUGGAUGUCCACUCCGGUCCUUCGCCGAAGUCCAAGACGUGCCCUUACUCAUGCAGCCACACGGGCGUGUGCAGGUAAGACCGGCCGAAUUGCCGAAGGCUAGCGUCUUUCUGAUUCCCGCACCCCAUAUCGAGCUCCGGCGGUACGAUGAUCAGUUAUCGGUGCUGCCAUCUGCCGUUUCGUUCUGGGAUACUCUGGGCCUUGGGCCCGCACACGGCCCUAAGGACGUCGUAGCUGUGUGCAUGCUUCCCAACGCUGAAGGCAUGCGGGACAAUGCAACCGCGUUCCUGGACAGGCUUCAGAGUACUUACGAGUCUCUGAGACUGGGGGCUUUUGAAAGGCUAUCCAAUGCCGAUGGCCUUGUGGACGGCAUCGUUCUGCUCCCGGUGGAUCAGGAUAAUGUUUCCUCUGACUUCAACGUACCCUUUGCCCGGUCGGCGCAUGUCGAUGCAAUUACUGGUCUCGCCAUGGCUCUCUCCAGUGCUCCCAUGUCCGGCAAGAACUUUGUGGUAUAUGCUGCAUACGCGCCGGAAAGUCCCAGCUCUGUCGUGGACGCUUGCUCUACCUUUCAGGAGGUCUUCGAACAUUACAAGCGAUGCAUGGUGGACAGAAGGAAACAAAUCACCAAUGAGCUGGUUCUGCAGCUCGUGCCCCUCGACGUUGUCGCCUCGGAGACGUCGCUUGUCGUCAUGUCCCCGUCCGACUGCACCAGGCUCUGUCUAGAGACGUACGAUCGCUGCACGCUCUUCGGCGGUCCCAUGCCCGCGCCGGCAAUCAUGCUAGAAUGUGCCUUGCCGAGAGGGAUCGACUUCAAGCUGGCCGCCACGCCUUCUCCGAACCUGCUACGCGAGAAUUCAUGCAUUCAUGUUGCUUACGCACGCAGCGUCGAUGAAAGAUGGGUAACUACCGCGUGGACGGACAACAGAGGCAGCACCCAAGCAACGGCUUCUUACUGCCUUGGGAGACGGGGCAAGCCCAUGUCGAGGCAACUGGCCGAGGUCGUCCACGAAAUCUGGGAAACCACACACGACUUGAUCUCGACUUGCAAGGUCCAUUGGCGGGUGGUCAUUACCAAGUCCGGGCCCAUGGACCAGCAGGAGAUGGAACUGUGGAUCGGGGUGGCCCAGGCAGAGACGCGCGCCACCGUCAGCCUAGUUCUCCUGACAGUCGACACCGACCCGUCGCUCCAGCUCAUCCCGCCCGUCGCCGCCAUCCCCCUAUCGGCUCCCUCGGCCUUCUACACAACGCCCGCCUCGACGCCGGGACCCCAAUCCGGCGUCUCCCCAGAUCAAUCCGGGAAUAACCCGUCCACGCCAUUGGGCACCCCCGGCGGCGACGGCGGCGCCGCCUCCUCCCAGCCCCCCCUUCAACCGCAGCCACAGCCACAACCACAACCAGAGCUCCAGGACGGGGACACGACCCUCGUUGACGCGACCGAGACAACCUGGGGCGUGGUCGUCUCGCACAGACUCAACAACUCCCCCUCGCUCACCGAGCUCAACCCUGCGCUCGCGAGCGGGUACCUCGUCAAGCGGGCGGGCCCGAGGGCCGAAGAUCCGCCUGUCGCGAUGGAGGUGAAUGUGGUGUACUGUGACAACGCCAGGGCCAUGUAUGAUGGGCUGUUGCGGGAGAUGUUGGCCUACUUCAGGGGGCUGGGCACGCUGGCGAGGGUGAGGGGGGUCGUGGAGAAAGAGGUGGAUGUCAGGCCUUGGCAUGUUGCUGCCGUCGAGAAGGCGGUUCGGGUGCUGUAUCUCUUGAUGUGAUGUGAAUGUGAUGUGAUAUGGGCUGGCAGAGGAUGGUGUUGGAAGGCCGUUUUCUUUCGGUAGAACAUAUGUCUGUGUGUUUGGUGUUUUGGCGUGUUUCGUGUGUUUCGGUUGCUGGUGGUGGUGAGGUUGAGUUGGUAGGAGCAUCAUUGGCUUUUUGGCAGCAUUCCAUGGAUGGAUGGAUAG